AUGGCAAAAAGCUUUUUAUAUAUUACAAAUUUUUCAAAGCGUGAUUACCAAUUCGACAUAUCAUUAGCAUCUGUUAAAGAAAAUACACUGGUUGUCAUACCAACUGGUUUAGGAAAAACAUUUAUUUCGGCAAUGGUUAUAUUAAAUUUCUACAGAUGGUUUCCAAAAGGGAAAAUACUAUUCUUAGCAACAUCUAGACCACUUGUUACUCAACAAAUGGCAGGAAUUAGAGAUAUUUUACAAAUAGACAAAUCAGAAAUCAUAGAACUUACAGGAUCAGUAGAACCACGUAUAAGACCACAAUUGUGGAACAAAGCUCGUGUUAUUUUUGCAACUCCUCAAACAGUACAAAAAGAUUUAGAGAAAGGAACAUGUCCAGCGAGCCAAAUUGUAUUGGUUGUGAUAGAUGAAGCCCAUCAUGCAACAGGUGACCACUCAUAUUGUAAAGUUGUUUCAGGAAUUGCAGAAUAUACAAAAUUUUUUAGAGUAAUCGGACUCAGUGCGACUCCAGGUAGCGAUAAGGACAUUAUACAAGACGUAAUUUACGGUUUAUUCAUCUCAAAAAUACAAUAUCGCGAAGAAGAUGAAUAUAAACAAUAUGUAAAGACGAGAGACAUCGAAACAGUUGUUGUUCCCAAUGCAGCAGGCGUUGAUGAACUCAUUGCGCGUAUAAAUACAGUAAUUAAGCGAUAUUUACAAGUAUUAUCCAAAGAUAAUUUAGUUCCUCACACAGAUCCAACGAGAACGACCAAAGGACAAAUAGGGUUACUCAUGAAGAACAGAAACGCCAAUGAAGGAGUCGGAGUCAUGAUUUCUACGAUGAAAUUACUAAAAUUUCGGGAAUAUUUACAAAAUUAUUCCAUAAAAACGUUUGUUGAUGCUGUCACAGAGUUCAUUACAGACAAAUCAACACGAGAUGUUGAUCUUGUCUCAGAUCUCCAGCCAAUUUUGUCUGCAGCACAAAAGCAACGCCAAAUUGAUCCGAAAAUGGAAAAACUAUGUGAAAUAGUGGUCGAUUUCCUCGAAGCAACAAAGGAAAGUCGUAUAAUCAUCUUCUGUAACUUCAGAAAUAUUGUUCAAGACAUAGUAACCGCUCUAUCGUCAAAAUCUAUCGUAAAAGUGUCAGAAUUCAUUGGCCAAUCAAAUUCAGGUGGAACUAAGGGUCUGAAUCAAUCGAGGCAGAUUAACUUGAUACAGUCAUUUCGCAGAGGGAUAUACAAUGUGUUAGUAGCAACAGCAAUAGGCGAAGAAGGUCUGGAUAUAGGGGAAGUAGAUCUGAUCAUUUGCUACGAUGUGCAAAAAUCAAUUACAAGGACAAUACAAAGGAUGGGAAGAACGGGAAGAAAAAGAGAUGGAAAAGUCAUUUUUUUACUUUCUGAUGCUCAGAAAAAUUUGAGUGCUGACUCGGAACACGCGAAUAACCAAGUGUGUUCAUUGUUGAGGCGACAGAUGAAGGAUUUCGUGUUCUACAAGGAUUGCCCUGUAAUGAAUCCUUUCGACCUGGAAAUCGUCGAGAGAACAAUUAAAAAUAAAGAGGAAAUUCAAGAUUUGACAUCAGAAAAAAAAUCAAAAAAUAAUAUAAAAAGAAAAACAUUGACAACGGAUGAAUUAGCCGAAUUGGAUCAAAGACAUGGACCUGACUUAAUCUAUAAGCCUUUGUCUUUGUUUUCCCAUUCUAACCUACAAUCAAAUGAAAAUAUUUUUUCUAUAAUUCCUCAUUCUUCCGAAACGUCACUUUUUACAAAAAUUUCCUCUCAAAUUUUUGAAUGCAAAAUUUCCUCUCAAAGUCAACAAUUAUUUGCAUUACAGAGUUCUUCUAGCACACAACCAACUACAUCUUCACAGUCUGAUAACCAGACAACAACGUUGACCCCUCCGACGCCUUAUCAGAUGAAAUCUUCUUUUCCGAUCGAAUCUCAGAAGUUGGUCUCUCAGAAAGAAUUAGAAGAACCAAGGAAAAAGACAAUAAGUGAACUGGUGUUUGGCUUUAAAAUGGAUUCUUCGACUUCUUCUUCUGAUGACGAUUUAUUUAUGAAACCAGACAAAAUUGACAUAGAAAAAGAAGUCAAAGAGUCCGAAAUUUCUAUUCGAAGUAAUCUAUUGGCUUCUGAUAACCUUCCUCACGCAGAUGUCUCAAGUUUAAGAAAAUCUUACGAUGAAAUGCAAAAAUUUUCUGAAAAACUUGAAAAAUCACCUGAAAAUGAAAUAAUAAAUCCAAUAAAUUACUUGUCAAGUGAUAAUGAAGAGGAAAAAAAUAAUUUAGAAAAUAAUUUUGUUCCAACAAAGAUUUCUGAUCAAGAAAUACAACAUAUGGUAUCAGAUGACUCAGAUGUGCCUAUUCCUCCAAUGGAUGACGACGAAAAACCUAAUCAAAAAAAUAAUGAUGAAAUUUUGAGGAUUUAUUCAACAAAACAGUUAGAAGAGUUCAUAAAAAAGGACAAUUAUAAAAAGAAACAAUCUUCUGAUGAUGAAAGUUUCAUAUUUAUUAGUGAAUCAUCAGAUUUCGUUGAAAGUGACAAUGAAGUUACAUUUUGUCCUCCAGAAAAAGUAUUAAACCACCUCGCAGUAUCUGACAAUGAAGAUAAAUCAGAAAAUGAAGAAUUACAAAUUCCGAAAUCUAAUUUUGAAGAAUCUUCUCAUGUUUAUUCAUCAGAAAGUUCUUCCGAUGAAGGAAAAAACUUUAUUGUUGAGUCCAGUGACACUCCAGAAGAAGUAAAUGACUUAACUCGCAUUCCUUUGAACCAAUUACUCGGAAUUAAGACACAAUCACAAGGAAGAAGAGUUUCUCAGAAACAGAGACCUCCCGUAAAGAAAAAGAAGACUCAAAAUUCAUCUAGUGACUUUGAUCUUUCAAUUUCUUCCGAUUGA